CUUUCUUGUGGUGGGGUUUGUAUAUUACUCAGUUAAGUACGGGAUAUACGGCAAUGCAAUUCCAUACACCUGUUGUCAUAUCUGUUUGGAUCGAGUCUCUCGUUUUGUUGUGUCCUCUCUUCCGUGUACAGGUCCGUCUCUUCCACUGUCCUCCGUCAAGUCUUGACUAUCCCACUCACAAUGCUAUCUGCCUCACGGUCCUUUGGACUGGCUCUCCUGGCAAUUGCAGCCAGGAGAGUGUUCGCCGACGAAGACAACCCAUGCAAAUCAUUCGGCAUUGACUUCCAAGAUAAGGAGUCGUACUUUCAAAAUCUUCUCUCCACAGAUCCCUUCACGUUUGUCCAACAGUUCUCCGGCUGCAAUGAUGACUUUUCAUACAACAUCCUAGCCGAUCCUAAUGGAGACCAAGUAUUGUGUUCAGAUACCCCUCUGAUACCAGACAAUACCAAUCAGAUGUCGACAUGUCCAACACUUAAAAACGAACUCUUUUCUGGUCUGUGGUCAAUCAUUAUUAUGAGCAACAAUGGAGAUAGUGGCAUGCCGAUUGCUUAUCAAAGAGAUUUCUCGUUGAGCGUCGGCCCGCAAAUCACUACAACCUAUACGCCCACCAUCACGGCGUUGGAAACCAUCACCCCAACUUCCACAGCCGUCAUUUGGGAAACAGACACAUUGACAGAGACCCUACCCCCGAAAACGACCGCCGUUCCCCGAACGGUCACUCGAACGGUCACCGUCCGACCCAAGCGCGUGACUACGACCACAACCAAGACGCUGCUGACGCUCAAGAUUGUAAAACCUACUAUCGUAGUCACCAAGACCACCAAAACCAUCACGGCGACAUGCAGCAGACGUGGACGACAAAACCAUCCUGACCCAACAUGCCACAUUCUCCCGACCGUAAUCCCGGUUCCGCCAGCACUCCAAACCCUAAUCCUGGGAACCCGUUCGAUCCGCAUCAAAGGCCGCGAUGUCCACGACUACCUGGCCGACAAGGAGCGCUUCGUCCGCGAACGCCGCGACCGGUUUGCCGAUCUGGAAGAACCGUCUCACCAACUUGAGAAGCGCGCUCCGGACCAGGCGACGCUGACCGUCACAGAUACCGAUACGGCUCAUUAUCCCACCACCACCAAUAUCCUCACGGCCAGCCCCCCCAUCGUCAUCACGGAGACGUCUGAAACUACCACUACGACCACGUCCACUCCACCCCCCGUUACGAUAGUGACGGGCAGGACGCAAGCGCCGGCGGUCACGGUCACCUUGCCAACGCCGACCAAGACGAAGAAGAAGUGGGUGAUCGCUCGCACCACGUCUUAUCGCACCUACACGCGCACGGUGACGAUCACCACGAGGGUCACACCGUCAUCUGUGAAGACGGCGUGUAAUCGACAAGGUGGUGUUCUGUGGGGAUAGUUUGAAGGUAGGGGUGGAUGGUGGUCUCGAGAUUUUG